UUUUCCCUAUUUGCCCACUGUUUCUCUUCUCUGUGUGGACAAUUAUCAAUCAUGGCAACAACCACCACACCCCCAAAUAAGUUAACGUUGAAGUUAAUGAUAGACAAAGGAGCAAAGAAAGUCCUCUUUGCAGAAGCCGGAAAAGAUUUCGUGGACGUUCUGUUCAAUCUCCUCUCUUUGAAACUAGGAACUGUCAUCAAGCUUCUCCGCGACGCAAACAUGGUUGGCUGCAUCGGAAAUCUGUACCCGAGCCUUGAAAACCUGAAUAAAGAUUACUUGCAACCUAAUCAAAACAAACUUGAGUUAUUGAAAACCCAAGAGAAAACUUCUGCCUUGCUGGUGCCCGGAGGUAGUACACAACCAAAUCAGAAAAAAAUUUACAAUUGUUCUAACCGUUGCCGGUGUGUGUCAGAUGAAACUAGCAAACGUUGUCCUCAUUGUGGUUCUUCUAUGUCUUACGAAGUGGUCAGCUUGUUGAAGAUGGAUUCGGUUUGUGAGGGUGGUAUUGUGAAUAAAUUGGUUACUUAUAUGGUGACAGAUGAUUUGUUAGUGACACCUGGGUCAAUGAUAUCUAGCAUUGAUCUGAUACAGGAACAUGUUAAGGAUAUUGGUGCCCUAGAGAAAAGAGUUGUUGAAUUUGGCGCUGAUGAGGUCCUGGAGCUGUUGGGGACUUCCUUGCAAUCAGAUGCAGCUCUUACUUCUGUCUUCCUCUUAAAGAAAGAACCCAAGGACAUUGAUGUGUCUAAUUAAAAUACAUUCCAUGUGGGGAGUAGGAAUCAUUGAUGAGUUUGAUAAUUGAAAUCUAUAACUUGUCACUACUCUGCAACAUGUUUAACAGAAAAUGUAUUGUUCGGUUUCAG